AUGGGCAUCUCGCGCGACUCCCGCCACAAGCACCGCAAGACGGGCGGCCGCAGGAACAUCCACCAGAAGAAGCGCAAGUACGAGAUGGGCCGGCCGUGGGCCCACUGCAAGUUGGGCUCCAAGCGCGUGCGCCCAGUGCGCGGCCGCGGCGGCAACAUGAAGUACCGCGCUCUCCGCCUGGACAGCGGCAACUUCGCGUGGGGCACCGAAAACAGCACCAAGAAGGUGCGCGUCCUGGACGUCGUCUACAACGCGAGCAGCAAUGAGCUGGUGCGCACGAAGACCCUGGUGAAGAACGCGAUUGUGCAGAUCGACGCGCAGCCCUUUAAGCAGUACUACCUCAAGAAGUACGGUGAGACCUCGAGGAUCAAGGGGGUCGCCGUCAAGAAGGAGGGCGAAGAGGAGGUCAAGAGGAGCCACCACGUCAUGGCGAAGCAGAAGUACUUGGCGUCCAAGCAGAAGCUGGACCCAGGCGUCGAGGACCAGUUCCAGAGCGGCCGCCUGCUCGCGUGCAUCGCUUCCCGCCCCGGGCAGAGCGGCCGCUGCGACGGCUACGUCCUCGAGGGCGACGAGCUGACGUUCUACAAGAG